AUUUCAUCCUAAGCAACAUAUAUAGAAUUUUUUUUCCCAGGAAAGAAGGGGAAAGGAAUUCUAUAAUAAUAGAAACAUAUUUUUACCACAUCUUUAGUUGAUUGGAUCCCAAUAGGAGAAUUCAUUUCUCUUUCCUUUUCAAUUAAUAAAUCAUUAGCCCUUCUUCCCAUAUUUUUCUCCCCUGCUUCCCUCAUUCUCACUCUGUUUUUCAGAGUGAGAAAGAAACCAUGAAGAACAGCAUCAGGUGCUGCAUCUCUUGCAUUCUACCAUGUGGAGCCCUUGAUGUUAUCAGAGUGGUACAUUCAAAUGGGCAUGUUGAAGAAUUCAGCCACAGAAUUCGAGCUGGUGAAGUCAUGAAAGCAAAUCCAAAACAUGUCUUGAGGAAACCAUCUUAUUCAUCUGAGACUGACAAUGGUGUUGUUCCAAAGAUUGUGAUUGUACCACCAGAUGCAGAGCUUCAACGUGGGAAGAUUUACUUCCUCAUGCCAGUUUCGUCGCUACCGGAGAAGAACCCGUCUGGAUCAAAGGCAAAACAGAGGAGGAGAAGAGAACAGGACAACAAUGGAAGUUCCAUUUCAGUGACAAAGCUACUUAUUUCUGAUCAGUACUUGAGUGAGAUCCUUUCUGAGAAGUUAUCCACACAAAAGGAUCGAAGGCGAGGCCGUGUUGGUGUCUGGAGGCCUCAUUUGGAGAGCAUAUCAGAGACUCCACAAUCUGAUCUUUAAGAAUUAGUACUUUUGAAUCUUUUCCUGAUCUCUUUGUAUAUAAACAUCAGAUAUCAUAUUGGUUCAGUUUCAGUUUUCUUGUUCUGUUAUUAUGGGAAGAUUCUGAACAGUUCUAGUAGGAUCUUUGGUACUCAAUAGGGCAUUGGCCAUUUUCUGAGUUCAGGUGUUGUGAGCACUGUCAAUGGAGAGUACUAUUUAGGACAGUUCUCAUAGAGAGACGAGAGCUGUAGGCAGCUUUGAAAAAUUUCUUUAUGUUAAUCUGUUUGAGAGGAGAAUACUAUUAUUAUCAACAAAAGAAGAAAUUGAAGGAACUGUUAUUAAGAGUUAGAGAGCCCACUUCUACUGUUCAGUCAUCAAUGUUUAAUUUAUUGCAUAAAUCAAUAAAUUUUGGAAUACUGUGAUCA